CAAUGCGGAGGAGGCGGCCGCAUAAUCUUGCGUAUAAGACCAACCACGACAUCUGCCACUCAGACGCGAACCUGUCGCCAAAGCGCGUCUUCUCUCGUUUGGCGCCGAGAUUGGUUUCUGUCCCGCGCCUGGCGAAGCGCAUCUCUGCUACAACCCACAGCACAAACACCGCACAAUGGACCGGCAAUCAGUGUAUACGCUCAGUCUCUUCGGCGAGGAGCAGAGCGUCAACGGAGAUUCCACCAACAAGCAGAUUCAGAAAGAGCUCGUCGCAUUCGUGCUAGAAUUUCACCUCGACGGCAACUACAUCUACCGUGACCAAAUACGAGAGAAUGUAUUGUCCAAGCAAUACUACUGCGACAUCGACAUCGCGCAUCUGAUCGCAUUCAACGAAGAGCUUGCGAAUCGGCUGAACAACGAGCCUGGAGAGAUCAUACCCAUCUUCGAAGCAGCGCUCAAGACUUGCACACAACGCAUCCUCUACCCCUCGCGCAGCAAGGAGGAUCUCGACCUCGCGAAAGCUCUCCCGGAGCACCAACUCCUGAUUCACUCCUCCGUUUCGCAGACUUCGAUACGAGGCCUCACAGCGACGAACGUAUCACAUCUCGUCCGAAUACCCGGUAUCGUCAUCGGUGCCAGCACACUCAGCUCCAAAGCCACCGCCGUUCACAUUCAGUGCCGAAACUGCCAGCACGAGACCAACAUCCCAGUCACGUCUGGCUUUUCGGGAAUCACACUGCCGCGAACGUGUGGAAGAAUCAAGGCGCCAGACGACGGCGGCGACAAAUGCCCACUAGACCCAUAUUUUGUCGUGCACGAGAAAUCACAAUUCAUUGAUCAGCAAGUAUUGAAGCUGCAGGAGGCGCCGGACGAUGUGCCUGUUGGUGAAUUGCCUCGCCAUAUCCUGGUCAGCGCUGACCGUUAUCUCGCCAAUCGAGUGGUGCCAGGAACAAGAUGUGUCGUGAUGGGUGUGUUCAGCAUCUACGCCAGUCAGAAGAACAGCAAGAACAGCGGAGCAGUGGCAAUCAGAAACCCAUACCUUCGUGCUGUGGGUCUGCAGACCGAUGGCUCGCAGAACCAAGCCACAGGCAUGGGCAUUCAGUUCAGCGAAGAGGAGGAGCAAGAGUUCCUGGAGAUGUCGCGACGACCGGACAUAUACAAUCUGUUCGCAGACUGCGUUGCGCCCUCCAUCUAUGGCAACGCCGAUAUCAAGAAGGCUAUUACAUGUCUGCUCAUGGGUGGCAGCAAGAAGAUUUUGCCGGACGGGAUGAAACUGAGAGGAGACAUCAAUGUGCUUCUCUUGGGUGAUCCAGGUACAGCAAAGUCGCAACUUCUCAAGUUCGUGGAGAAGUGCUCGCCAAUCGCAGUGUACACUUCGGGCAAAGGUUCAUCGGCAGCAGGUCUGACAGCCUCUGUCCAGCGCGACACCAACACGCGCGAAUUCUACCUGGAAGGCGGAGCCAUGGUUCUUGCGGAUGGCGGCGUGGUUUGCAUUGACGAAUUCGACAAAAUGCGCGACGAAGAUCGAGUAGCCAUUCACGAAGCUAUGGAACAGCAGACCAUCUCGAUCGCCAAAGCCGGCAUCACGACGAUCUUGAACUCGCGAACGUCAGUUCUCGCUGCAGCCAAUCCCAUUUUCGGGCGAUACGACGACCUCAAAUCCCCUGGCGAGAAUAUCGACUUCCAGACAACGAUUCUCUCACGUUUCGAUCUCAUCUUCAUCGUUCGCGACGAUCACGACAGAAACCGAGACGAGACAAUCGCAAAGCACGUCAUGGGCAUCCAUAUGGGCGGUCAAGGCGUGCAAGAACAAGUGCAUGCUGAGAUCCCCGUCGAGAAGAUGAAGCGAUACAUCAGCUACGCCAAAUCGCGAUGUGCUCCGCGACUCUCCCCUGAAGCCGCAGAAAAGCUAUCCUCACACUUUGUGUCGAUUCGAAGACAAGUGGCAAGAGCUGAGCAGGACGCCAACCAGCGAAGUUCCAUUCCCAUUACUGUGCGUCAACUAGAAUCUCUAGUCCGUAUUACGGAAUCACUGGCGAAGAUUGAACUUCAGCCUAUCGCAACAGAGAAGCACGUUGACGAGGCCAUCCGGCUCUUCCUGGGAUCGACAAUGGACGCUGUGAUGUCUGCAGGUGGCGAUACAUCAGCUCUCGGACUGGGCGGAAACAGAGAACUUGUCGAGGAAGUUCACAAAGUCGAGGAAGAGCUGCGAAGAAGAUUACCUGUGGGUUACACAUCUUCGUUGGCAAAUCUCCGGCGAGAAUUCGUGGAAAGGAAGAACUACAGCGAGCAGAGCUUGAACCGAGCGCUGCAAGUACUAGUGAGGCGGGAGAGUAUACAGUUUCGAAGAGGAGGGACGUUGGUGCAUAGGAGUGGUUUUUAAAUGUUGCAUGCACUUGUUCAGAUGCUAAUGUGCUUGACGAGCGAUGAUAUAUCAUUGGGUAGGGCGGCGUGAUGGCGUUGUCGAGAGAAGCUGGAAUGUUGAUACUGGUGGCCUUGAGCAGAGCUACUGAAUGAGCCAGUUCAAUUUUAAGAUGUGCCC